GUUGACAAGCUGGGGCAGGCGCGACAUCCCUGCAUUCGUAUUGAAGUGUGGGCAAAGAAAUGCGAUAAAGCCAUUCAAGAGAAGCUGGCGAAAGAUAUGGAGAAGUGCUUCGCUACGAAACUCGACGGGACAAUUGGUAGCGCACCGCGGGGCGAUUGGAAGAGCCAUGCAAGUCGCUGA